UUCUUUGACGUUUAUUUUGGGCAUAACGUGAAGACAAAACCCAAGUCGACCCUUAAGUACAUUUUAAAUCGCCAUUCAACUGUGACAGAUGAAAGAACGUGUCAAAAUAGAACAAGCAGUUGUGAAGAUUCGUUCGCUGUGUACUUAAAAUUCAUAAAUUGAAAUCGAACCCCAGAAUUGACCUAUCAGGUCAUUGCGAGCUGCUUUUGUUAGUAAGCUGUUCUUUAUGGUCAGUAUUGGUUUUCUGCGACCGUUCCUCUGAUUCGAUCGGCCCGGAAUGCAACUGCUGAACCGCAUCAUCAGAAUGUUUAGCUUCCAGUAACGAAGAUUCGACAGACAGCUUCGCUCUCACGAGCGCGGACGAAGACUGCCUCCAAACGACGGUUGGACGAACAGCUAACCGGUUUAUCACCACAAGGUUUCAAUUCAUAAGCUCUUGGCUAGAACUGUCAACGAGUUAAGGCUUUUAACGGGUUCUGCAGCAUCUCCUAAUUACAUGUUGUGAGCGAGCGAGCGAUUAUAACGACAUUUGACGGAUUGUUCGGACGAUAUAAGCUUCACAGCCUGUGGCUUCGACAUCUGUACUCGUCAGUGGCAGAGUUGGUCAUCUCAAGAGCCAAUUAAGAGGUUUCACGUUUCUCCUGGCAUUUACAGGGAUUGUUCGAGUUCACUUCAUUUAGUGCUGGUUAUCAUAGAUACAAAAUGAGAUGUAGCAUAAGUGGAAUAAUUUCGGAUUGAGGAAUGGCUGAAAUCGAACCGAGCGCUCUGAAAGGCUUUUCCAUGCAAGCGUGUUAAUUAUAGGUUGAAAUGCGUUACAAGAACUUCCACGAAUUUUCCACAAGUUGAGAGGACCACGUUGUAGAGAAGGAAAUCAUAUAAGUUUUGUUUUGUCUGCUUCUGAAAAACCAAGCAAGCGGCCAUUUGUAAGACAAGGUUUCCCUUCGCGUCACCGGAAACACGACUUUUAACGAUAUUUAACUAAGGGAAUGACCGAAAGAUUGCUUCCAGCAGGGAGAGAAACACGUCAGUUUGUUUGGACUUUAGUGGAGUCGAGAACUUCAAUUUUAUGAUGCAUAAAACAAGGUGGUUUGGUUGUACGGGCAAAAGAUGAUUCGGUGGCCUUGCAGUACAAUCAUAUUUAUAACAGGGAUGAUGAAAUCCGUAGAAGCACUGGUUCCAUUUACGGGGGUGAUAGCCCGUCAAAAGUGAAACCGCAAUCAAUGCAUGUCAGAAGUAACAGCGAUACAAGUGAAAUUAACGUCUCAGUGAGGACUAACUAUCCAGAUGGGCUAGUUGCGGAAGCCCGCUCUCCAACGGGAGAAAGUUUAUUUGCCUUAAUCAGAAAGUUUGAGCAGAACAUUCAAAAUGAGAGAGACUCUGGGUCGAAGUCGUGGUUUUAUGAUACUGAAAACCAACAUUAUGUAGAUGGCUUCAGAGCUAAGACUGGUGCUAGCUCUGCCAACUCUAGCCCUCUAACAGAAAGACGGACUCCUUUGUUAAGGCGUAAAAACUCACUGAGGAAUAACUCAUAUUUACUGAAGGUUUUUAAAGGUUCUGGAGAUGCCAAGGCAGCUGAGGAAGAGUAUGGAGACGAACCAUCAAGAAAAUAUUUUGCUCAUUAUGAUUGCCGCAGUAUGACAGUUGAUUUUGACGAGCUCGCACUUCUACAUGCAACACAAGGUGAUGGACUUAAAAGGAAGAACAAACGAUCAGGAGCGUCGGCUGCUUCAACUAAGGUUACUGCGGCAACGAUUGCUGACAGGAUGCAAAGGCGAGGGUCUGACUCUAAUUCAAGCAAUAAUGAUGAUGAUGUACCUGACCCCGGUGAUGACAAAAGUAAUGGUCUUGUUCUUAACUGCCCAUAUUUCCGGAAUGAACUUGGUGGGGAGGAAGAACAAGAUCCACAGAUUGGAUUGACAAGAGAUAAUGCAGCAGUGAUUCAAAACCCCCACGAUCCAACACGUCCCAAGGAACCAAAAUUAGACACUUUCAGACGGAGAUCAACUCUUGACAUUUUAUUGACUGCAUAUGAUUCUGCCAGAGUGGGAAAUUUAAGCAGUGGAACUGGAGUGACAAUUCUUGAUAAUUCAAAGCCAGAAAGUGGUUUCUUGUAUCUAGGGGAAAGAUUUCACAAUGAAGAUGGGAGAGUGUUUGAACAUGUAGAUCAUGGAUCUUACUAUUACAAGAACUUUUUUGUUGGACAAGAGCAUUUGAAUUAUCUUGGCAUUGAUGAAAGAUUUGGCCCAGUUGCACUCUCUUUGAAACGUGAAAAACUUGAUGAGAGCACGUCCCUAAUGAAGUCUGGUGAGUCAGAAGGCAACCAAUUCCAGUAUCGGAUCAUUGCAAGGACAAGUGAGUUAACUACGCUAAGAGGGAGCAUUCUUGAAGAAGCUAUUCCAUCAACAUCACGGCAUGGCGCAGCACGAGCGUUGCCAGCCAAAGACAUUCUUGAACAUGUGGUCCCAGAACUUCAGCUUACUGCACUUAGGAUGGCCCAACCUGGGGUUAAGGUUCCAGAGCAGCUUAUGAAACUGGAUGAGCAAGGGAUGACCAAUCAGUAUAAAGUUGGUGUGCUGUACUGCAAAGAUGGCCAGAGCACAGAAGAAGAAAUGUACAAUAACCAAACAUCAGGCCCAGCUUUUGAUGAAUUCCUAGACUUGAUUGGAAAACGGAUUGCACUGAAAGGGUUUGAAGGCUACAGAGCUCAGCUGGAUAACAGAAAUGACUCCACUGGUGAACAUUCUGUGUAUACACAGUUCCAUGGACGAGAAAUUAUGUUUCAUGUGUCCACCCUUUUGCCAUGGACUCCCAAUAAUCGACAGCAGCUCCUGAGAAAAAGGCAUAUUGGAAACGACAUAGUCACCAUUGUGUUUCAAGAACCUGGAGCACUUCCCUUCACGCCAAAGAACAUUAGAUCUCACUUCCAACAUGUUUUUAUCGUGGUCAGAGUUUUCAAUCCUUGCUCUGAUAACACCUACUACAGAGUUGCAGUAAGCCGUUCAAAAGAUGUUCCUCCAUUUGGGCCAAACAUUCCUGCAGGAGCCAAGUUUGGCAAACAGAAAGCUUUUGUAGAUUUUCUGCUGACAAAAGUGAUAAAUGCUGAAAAUGCUGCACACAAAUCAGAGAAGUUCAGUGCAAUGGCCACAAGGACAAGACAUGAAUAUCUGAAAGAUCUCGCCACAAAUUUCGUCACCAACACCACACUUGAGACAGGAGCUAAAGGAAAAGGUAUUUUAAGGUCGACAAAGAAGAAGGAGAAAGUUCGGCCACCCAUCAGUCCUGAAAAGGUUUCAAGAGGGGCAUUAGUUUGGCAAGUACAGGUUGAAGACUACAGGAACUCCUCCAUGAUCGACUGCAAGAUGGGAAUCUCUGCUGAUACUUUGGUGUUGGUCCAUUCUUCUACCAAGGAAGUCAUAUUUAGCAUUCCAGCUAAGUCUGUGAUUGGAUGGACCUCCCUCUCACAAAGCAUUAAAGUGUUUUACGGUAGUGGAGACUGCCUGGUGUUGAACAUUCCAACAUCUGACUCGGAUGACAUUCCAGAGAUUGUCAGAAGACUUGAAGAAAUUUCCAUCGGUUGUCAGACCCAAACCAUGACGUUACGGCGGAAUACUGUGGGUCAGUUAGGAUUCCACGUCCAGUUUGAGGGACUCAUUGCAGAUGUCGAGCCGUCUGGUUUUGCCUGGCAAGCUGGACUGCGGCAAGGAUCUCGGCUGGUGGAGAUUAAUGGGAUGAUUGUAGCCACUCUGAGUCAUGAUCAGAUGAUUGACAUAUUACGCAAGCCAGGAUCGGUAUCUGCAGUCAUCGUGCCUCCAUUCCAGAGCGGCAAGCCGAGAAAGGGUAUCCAGCCCCUUAGUGGUUCCUACUGGACCUCGUCCAGUCGUGCGUCAGUCACGACCAUGUCGUCGUUCGGCAGCGCAUCAUCUGUAGCAGAGGAAGCGGAGUCACGUGAUCUCUCGGCAGCCUCCAACUCGUCCAUAUCAGCUCCUGACAACGGACGGAAGCAGCCAUCAAAAGGAUCGUCAAAGAACGGAGUGAAAGGAAAGGAAAGUCCGUGGAUCAAACAAGCGAACUCAACACCUUUGGAAGCUAGAGCUAUGUACCCAGGCUCCUGUCCUCCGGAUCAACCCGGAUCCCCUGGGGCGAGCUCAGCGUCUUCUGUCAGCGGUAGCACGUCAACACUCCACGAAACGCCGCGACAACAAGGCGCUACAUACGGGGCUUCCUAUACAGUUACAAGCAUAACGCCUAGCGAGGAAAGACUCCAGGGUGCCCCUGAAGCACAUGAGGGACCAAAAUGGAGCGGGUUCGUUGCGCUUGAUUCAGAACCACGCCCCACCAAAUCUGUGGGCGUGACAUUAACGGCCCAUACAGCGUCAGGUACGUUAUAUGCCAUUGCGAGUGGACCCUCAUCUCCGCCAUUGUCUCCGCGCACUCCAGAGACCCCCAUAUUUGGAAGCACUUCACAGAGACAUCGGAGAGUGGUCCUGAAUGGACAGGGACAUGGGGAUACCCCUUCCAGGUUGGAGGGAAACGCGCAAGAAACCCGAACGCCGGCGGAUAGUUUCGGAACUCUUCGAGUGAACAUUGAUCCUAUAGCUUCAACGCCCAGUAAUGGUAACACGAGGGAGCAGAGUCUUGAAACAGCGGAUGGUGAGAAGAUGCAGGCUGCUGCUAUGCCUUUCAAAGAAACUAGUCUUGGUGCGGUCAUCACGACCGUCAACACUUACAAACAGAAACAAAGUUAUGAAGACAUUACUGAGGCGACCAUGUCUGACACGGUAGAUCAGAUCGAAAGAGCGUUUGGAUUUAAAACUCCCGACAUGAUCGCAAACGGGACAGGGAGUCUGGAGCGGACUGGCAGCAAGCGGUUGAAAAACGGCAAUAGGAGUCCUUCUAACUCCAUGCAGGACCUGCAUUUGACGCGCAGAGCGCAGUCAGGAGAAUCGCUCAACCGAAACAGGAGCAGCGACGAUGAAGAAUCUCCUGCAAACAUUCUGAAACGGUUGUCAAAAGAAGCCAAUAAAGAACACGAUAGAGUUCUUCAGAGAAAGAGCGAAGGUGAUCUGCCUCAGAACGUGAUCAAAAGCAAGACUGCUACAGUGAUGGAAGCAUCACCAACAUCAGUUGAAGUCAAGAAGGAGGCCAUGCGGAAAUCAGAGUAUGAGGCGCGUAUGGCUGCGCGAAAUCUGCUCAUAGAACGACUGGAAAACCAUAGACAGUCUCUUGAAGGCGACAACGUGGAAGGCAUUAAGAUCUACCACGCCAAGAGCAGAAGCACUCCGGUUGACGGCGGGAGGGCCAUGAACGGCGGAAAACUCGCAAGACCGCGUCAAUCAUCCCAAGAUGAGAGCGCCAGGAUGUUGUCUUCAGAGAGGGACGGCGGGGAUGCUGUUAAGAUGGCGCACCACUCCAGGCGGAAGAAAUCGUCCGAGUCUCCUCAUGUCAAAGUUCGAACUCCAGACAGCAGUCGAACCGCUAAACCUGUGGUACGCUCCGAAAGAAAAAUCCGUCUGACAAGUUCUACGAGUUCGGGCUCCCAUGCUGUCGACAAAUCUCAAACAGUUCCUCGUCAAAGAUCGAGCAGACGACAAAGACAUGUUUCCAAACAAUUGGUUGCAGCGGCUGGUGGGAAUUCGGACUCUUCUGAUGAAGAAAGCAAGGCACGGUUAACCCGAGGCGGGGAUUCUGUCGACGCUACUCCGACAGUGGCGGGAAAACUGCACUUUACUCCUGACAGGAACAAAAAGUCUUCUAGUCUCCCGCGCGAGUUGGAGGCAGGAACUUCGCCACGCGCGAGUGACUCGCGCGAGAUUCGCAGUCAUCGCACGCACUCUCAUUCCCAUUCCUCGCAUCUCAAAGGAGCGCGGAUUACCAAGAUUAAAAUGAGCGCCAGCGAAGAACCAAAUGAUUCAAUCGUGGAUCAGACUUCGCGGCUUUUACACGCCACAAAAGGUGUCAAAUAUGAUAAAGGUUCGUCUCUUGUUAUAGCAGAAGAUGUGCUGCAUUCUCUUACACGCGCGUCAGAUCUGCUUCAUCACCAGUCAUCUGCUUCUAGGGAGGAGAGGGACAGAAAGGAUAAGGACAAGUCACUAAGCAGAAUAAAGGCACCGGGUCGCGGCCGCUCUCACGGACCUCACAAGUUUUAUAUCCCUGUUGUUCCCAGGAGACAUAGCUUCGACGAGAGAAUAUUUGCCGCGCCGAGUUCCAAAGGAAAUUCUGGUGAAAGUUUGCUCACAAGGGAGAGCAUCGGAAAAGAGGCUGAGCUUGAAAUGAAGCUUGCCAUUGUGUCAAACGCUUUGAUGAAGGAGGGAGAAGACAAACAACGCCUAGAUUCGGAAUUACGAAGACUGCAGAGAGAAAACAAAAAACUGCAAGAAGAUCUUCGGACAGCUUCGCAUCAGCUUCGGAAGUUCAGCGAGUGGUUUUUCACAUCGGUCGAACCUAGCAACACGUAAUGAACAGAAAAUGUUUAUUUUUUAAAGUACCUGCAUCAUUCACGGAGUAAAAAUUCUUGUAAUUGUAUUAUUAAACAUAAAACAAGUAACUUAAACAAAAGAAAAGUAAGUAUUCUCUACAGAGAUUAGCUGGCAAAAUAUUGUAUUUUCUUAGCGAUAAAAAUACACGAUAAAAAAGAUAGUAGUAUAGAAGUUAAUAUUGUAAUAUUUUGAAGGCCGUUUAACUAUAGUUCUAUUGUUCAAAUAUGGUACAUUUACCCAACGAUUUGAUACAAAAUGUAAGCAGACGCGAUCGACAUUUUGGUUUCGCCGUUUUCAUAUGCAAUUUGCCGGUGAAUUUUCAGCCGAGAAAUGUUUUUAUUUAGGUAGGCAACUCAACCUAUGGCCUUUUUGGCCUUGGUCAUAUUUCUAAGAGUACCUUACUCGAGAGCUUUUUGAUGCGGGGCAUAUUCGUAUCCACUUAACGCCGCGUUGUUGUUCAGGGGUGUGGCGCUUAUCCGUUAAUUCUCUUCACGCAUUUCUAUCAACGUUCCUUGUGAGAAUUUAGUUGUUCAUCAAGGCAUUUCACCAAGAUUAUGAUCUAUGUUCUCAAUACCUGGCUGCGAAAAUUUGUGUACGGGUUGUCACUGGAUAUUGGCCAUGUUAGUCGGAUUUCUUUUAUGUCAAACAGAAACCAUCGUAAGUAAGUAAGUUGAAGGAAACAGACGAUAAUCCCGCGCGGGCGGGAUAACGCCAUCUUUCCCGCUCGGGUAGCCAAUCACAGCGCAGGUUUUAGUUCUUCUUGUACCGCGCUCGGAGCUAGCCAUAAUUAUAAUAAAUAUGGAUAUUGUAAGGAGAAUGUUUGUGUUCAUUACUCGAGAUUAAGUGUCUUUCUUGGAUGAUUAUAACCUGUUAAAACACGCAUUACUGCAUCGUUGCAUUGUUAGAUCAUGAUAACAAAGCUGCCUGGUGAAGAAUUCGUGAAACGUGCCAUUAUUUCUAGACAGUUCUCUGACCGCAGAUAUAGAAGGUCAUGCAAGCGAUGUUCAGACUGGAAAAUGUUCCAUUUUCAACGUACCGGUAUUUUUUUUUUUCAGUUUUACCAUUUUAUAUCUCCUUUGUUAAAUAUUCCAGUGUAGUUGUUUGUUCAUAAGCUAUUUAAGUGUACAAUUCGGAACGUUUUAGCAUCAGUAGUUUAUAAUUCUCGUACCCAGGACUUCCACGAUCACAUUUUUAGUGACCCAAAGGCGGGGCCUGGGUAUAGUUGUCAUUGUAGGUUGGCUUUGAAGCAAUAUUUUUCUUGCAGAAGGGAAUAAUUUCGAGAAAAAUAUCGUUAGUUAUUUGCAUAUUCAAUCGAAACAUGCGCUGAGUAAAGACCUAACGUCAACACUCGGGUUUCCAUAUUGUUUCCCAUAGAAGCAGUUGGAAAAACCUGUUGACUAUCAUGGCAAUUUAUCUGUUGAUAAUUUACGUAAUUCUCCUGACGUGUGUGAAUGAUUAUGUAUUAAUAUUCAUGAAAAGAAAUUGGGUUGUGAUCACUCUUAAAGAUAAAAUUAAAAUUGAGCUUAGUAUUUCCUAAGCAAACUUAGUCUUAAGGACCAGAGAGGAAAAUUUUGUAAAAGAUCUGUUAUAUGCUUGUACAAAGCUUCAGGAACGGAAAUAAAGAGAACCUGAGUUAUAAAUAA